UUAAAUAUUAAGAAAACAAAACUAACCUAAUUAUAAUUAAAAUCUUUCUAAAAUGGUAGAAAUCAAUAUUUAAUUUUCUUAAUGUGGUUGAACUUCUAAUAACAAUUGGUUUAAUCUAAAGUUCAUCUUACCUGUAUCUUUAAACUCUUUAAAGUUCUGUCUCCAGCACCAAAAUUCAUUAAAACAGUUCUAUAUAAAUGAAUUCCAGUUUUCGGUGCGCAUGCGCAUGACAUAUUUUUCGCCCCGUCCCCGUUUUUACAAGAAAUUGUUAAAGAAAAAAAUAAGGAAAUUCUAUGAUUAAUCAGUCAUUAGGGAAAGACUCUGUAUGGUCAUUUAAUAAAACGUUGCUGUCAAAACAAACAGGUAGGUAGGAUGUGUUCCUUAGUAUUGAAAGCUGUAUGAAUGAACGUGCAUAGAGACUGCACGCUUGGUCCUUUUGUAACGAACCGUUUCUGAUAUUUCAGAACCAUUGAAAGAGAAUCAUUUAUUCCAAAACUAAGUUGUCAAAGAUGGCUUUUCAAAGACUGUGUUCUUAUAAACUUCGAGAAUUCCUGGCAAUGCUGGCCCAGUUUACGAUGCUGAUGGUGAUGGUAUGGACAACAACCCUCUCUAUCACGGACAGGCUGGCACUGCCCGGGGGUCACAUAUUCUCUCUCCUCGUCCUGUUUACCAGCGCUGUGGCGGGGGGAUACAUUUUCUCCAGGAUAUAUUUACCUCCGUUACUAGGCAUGGUGAUCGCCGGGUUUGCUUUGAGUAACGUGCCUGUGCUGUCAGAGAUUGGACACAAUAUAUCGCCGGUCUGGUCCGGAGCAUUAAGGCGGAUGGCUCUGACGGUGAUCCUGAUUCGGGCCGGUCUAGGACUCGAUCCGGUAGCCCUGAGGAAACUCUCAGCCACUGUCAGCAGACUGGCCUUUCUACCCUGUCUUCUAGAAUGUUUGACAUGCGCAGUCGUUUCACAUUUCCUGAUGGACCUUCCUUGGGUGUGGGCUUUUCUUUUAGGAUUUGUUCUUUCCGCCAUUUCCCCGGCUGUCGUGGUUCCCUCCCUCCUAAGUCUAGCAGAGCGAGGUUUCGGGUUGGAUAAGGGGAUCCCAACUCUAGUUAUUGCUGCUGCUAGUAUCGACGAUGUCGUGGCCAUCUCAGGGUUCGGAAUCUCUCUUGGCAUUGCGUUUUCAACAGGUGACUUAGCGUGGACGAUAGCCAAGGGACCACUUGAAGCACUGCUUGGAAUAGCGUAUGGGUGCAUUCUGGGAAUAUGUUUGUGGUUUAUUCCAGCCAAAAAUAGUUCCAAUUUAGUUUUCUUUCGCGCCAUGUUGCUUUUUACGGGAGGGUUGCUGGCAACCUUUGGCAGUACGUAUAUAGAUAUGGCCGGCGCUGGACCGCUUGGCUGUCUGGUCCUGCCUUUUGUCAGCGGCAUCAGGUGGAGAAAGAUGAACACACCAGAACAGACCGCCGCCAUGACUGAAGCGGUUGGUUUGUUGUGGAUGAUAUUUCAGCCCGUUUUAUUUGGAUUGAUUGGUGCCGCGGUCAGGAUAGAACAAAUACAGGAUCCCUACAUUGUUGGAUUUGGUGUUGCCGUCCUGGCUUCUGGCUUACUGGUGCGAUGUUCCGUGACAUUUUUAGCCGUACUUAGGUCUGGUUUGAAUCUUAAAGAACAAAUAUUUGUGUCACUGGCAUGGAUUCCAAAGGCGACAGUGCAGGCCGCUAUAGGUGGACUGGCAUUGGACCAAGCUAUAAAAGAUAAAAACGAGACGUUGAAGCCUCUGGGAUUGACAGUUCUCACAAUUGCGGUAUUGUCCAUUAUAAUCACGGCUCCUAUUGGCGCCUUGGCUAUUGCAAUCUCAGGACCAAGGUUCUUAAAGUCAGAUCAUUUAAAGAACGAAUUAUCUUGUUCAUCAAAUGACCAUCAAGAUUCUCAAGAGAAAGAGGAAAAAAUUGUGAUUGAAACUGAGAUAGUAGGGGAGAAGCCAUGUUUGACAGAAGCUGCUGAUGUAGUUACACAUAUCUGACACAUAACGUUACAAAAGUGAAACAUAGUGAACGGUUUAUUUAUUGAACAGUCAUAAUAGAGACUAGCAAUGACAUAUACAUUAGUUCAUGGAUAGUUGAAAUUAUACUUCAACUUACGCAGUUAUGUAUGCGAAUACUUUACAAAUUCAGUAUGUUAAAACUGUUAUACAUGUAUUCCUAUUCAAUGAACAUAGUCAUAAUAUUUUGAAUGAUCACAUACAUGUAUUAGUCUACUUGAUCAACCUCAGGUAAUCCACAUAUAUCAGUUUUAUAAUUAUGGUACAUGUAUGAUGUGUUAUAUAAAAAAAAAACGGGUGUUCCGUGCCGGUAACUGAUGCUCUUGAUCAUGAUAAUUUCUCAGGAGAAAAAGGGGGUGUUGCAGUUCCUUUGCGACGUUGUAUAUGAAGCAGUGUAGAAUUUCAUCUGGAAAGUUUAAAGUUAAAAGUUGUAUUAACAUUUAUAAGAAUUUUAAUUUACUGAUAUGAAAUUGAAAUAGUUACCCAAACAAAUGUGGCAGAUUUCACGCUUUAUUAAAAAAGACGACCUCAUCCUUGUGAAAAACUGCCUCCUUGAAACAAAAUUUAUUCAAUCAACGUGUAGAGUAAGACAAGUUCUUGAAAACUUCCAUUUCCGAUUUUUGUUUCAUAGAGGCGUAUUUUAAAAAGAAAAUCUAACUUUUGCGGGGAAAAAAUCAUUGAUGCCUUUGAAAUAUAAGAACGUUGUGUUAAAUCCGUCGCUUUAGGUCAUGUUUAGAUUAGUCGAGUGGUGAACAGUUAGAAUAGAAUGUGACAGUUUCUAAAUUUUUUUGAUUGGGGUUCGAAUCCCGAAACAGUUCGAACUUUUUUUAUAUUCAUGUUUUGCAUGAAAAGGUAGUGUUUAUAGAUAAUUCAAGAAUGUCAGAAUAAAGUUAUUUAAAUGU